AUGGUGAUUCGGGGUGGGGUACCAAGGAGAAUUUUGAUGGAGCUUUUUGGUGCUACCACUUCUGAUAUUGCUGGAUGGAAAAGAUUGCCGGUGGUUGAUGCUUUUGAUCCCAGGUUUUUGGUGUCUCCCGCAAUAUCCCACUUGAUGAACUUCACUUCUAUAAAGGAAGAAGACUUGUAUGAAAUUGACAUUCCUCUGAAAUUUAUAGCUUCUGUGGGGACUAGAAUUCAUGGGUUGGCUUGCUGGUUUGAUGUACUGUUUAAUGGAAGUACUGUACCAAGGUGGCUGACCACUGCUCCUGGUGCACCUACAACCCACUGGUACCAAUUACGUUGUGUUCUGUCUCAGCCACUUUAUGUUAUGCCGGGGCAAGAAAUAACUGGACAACUUCGCAUGGUUGCACACAAUGCUCAGAGUUAUACUAUUUAUCUAACACUGUCAGUUAAAAUGUGGGGCCCUGGUGCCGAACAAGGAGGGAUACUCCAAACUUCAUCUGGCAAACUUGAUCUCAAAGAGCCCUAUUAUCGAAUGUCUCAACCACAAGCCUAUUCGGCCCAAGAUCAGCAGCCAAAUCAGCUAUUACAGACACAGGAUAUCCCGAUACAAUCCCAGGAUGAAGAGGUAUCUGAUCUGCUGCAACAACAAUCGCAGAAUUCAGGUGCUGAGGUUUGA